UCUACAGCAAAAAUACAAGUGUUGGAAAACACAACCGCAGUCACAGCCACGGCCAAUCCGCAUAAUUCCAUCCCAGUCGGCACAGCCCACCGCGUUACCCAAGCCUGUGCCUUCCAUCCAGCACGCCCCACGGCCUGCUCUCCCGCCACACACGCCCCAUGCUGCCAGCCUCCCUAGCUGUCCUGGGCGGGGCAAGAUGGCCAAGUUCCUUAGCCCGGAGGAAAUGACCUCGCGAGACUACUACUUUGACUCUUAUGCCCACUUUGGCAUACAUGAGGAGAUGCUGAAGGACGAAGUGAGGACACUCACCUACAGGAACUCCAUGUACCACAACAAGCACAUCUUCAAGGACAAAAUAGUGUUGGACGUUGGAAGUGGGACUGGCAUCCUGUCCAUGUUCGCAGCCAAAGCAGGGGCAAAGCACGUGUAUGGGAUUGAAUGUUCCAGUAUAUCAGAGUACUCGGAGAGGAUCAUCAAGUCCAACCACCUCGACAGUGUGAUCACCAUCUUCAAAGGCAAGGUGGAGGAGGUGGAGCUUCCUGUUGAGAAGGUUGACAUCAUAAUAUCUGAGUGGAUGGGCUACUGCCUCUUCUAUGAAUCCAUGCUCAACACCGUCAUCUUUGCGAGGGACAAGUGGCUGAAACCCGGUGGAUUAAUGUUUCCUGACCGGGCCUCUCUGUAUGUGGUGGCCAUAGAGGACAGGCAGUACAAAGACUUCAAAGUGCAUUGGUGGGAGAAUGUGUAUGGCUUUGACAUGACCUGUAUCCGUAAUGUGGCCAUGAAGGAACCACUAGUGGACGUAGUGGACCCCAAACAGGUGGUGACCAACUCCUGCCUCGUCAAGGAGGUGGACAUCUACACAGUGAAGCCCGAGGACCUCUCAUUUACCUCAGCGUUCUGCCUGCAGAUCCAGAGGAACGACUACAUCCAUGCACUGGUCACCUACUUCCACAUCGAGUUCACUAAGUGUCACAAGAAGACUGGUUUCUCCACCGCACCAGAUGCUCCAUACACCCACUGGAAACAGACAGUGUUUUACCUGGAGGACUAUUUGACGGUGCGGAGAGGAGAGGAGAUCACUGGCAGCAUUGCUAUGAAGCCCAAUGAGAAAAACAUUCGCGACUUGGACUUUACCUUCGAGUUGGACUUCAAGGGACAGCUGUGUGAAGCGGCCAUAGCCCAUGACUACAAGAUGCGUUAAGUUUGACUGGGGGGACGGUGCCCCACUGACUACAGCGCCUGAGCACCAGAGGCAGACAGAAACUCUCCCGUGACCACAGACAGACACAUUGGCUGACGUAAAGAGGGGCAUAGGAUAAGAGAAAACACCAGGUCAAAAUACAGGAAGAGGUGGCCCCAUUGACAAUAUCAGUACUUUUAUUGCAGCGUAUGAUGAAGGCAGGAUGUUACUGAUGCUGACUGUUAAACAAUUCUGAAUGUAACACUGAUUAAAAAAAGAGGCCAGGAAUUUUUUGGUGAAUGUUAUUGAUUAUUGAUGUGUGUAUAUGUGAGAUGGAGUGAUGUAUCUGUGUGUUUUAUUCAGUACUUGUUUUCCAUAAAAACCUGGACCUUAUGGAGGGAUAGUUUUUAAAUUACACUAGAGCUCAUCUAAUGAAUUACUGUAUUGUCCAUAUUCUGCUGUAGGUAGGCAAUACAUUUAAGGUGUAAUUCUUAUGUCAUAAUAUGUACUGUGGGGAAUGGUCAGAUCUCUCAAUCAGAGAAACGCUUUACUUUAUCGUCAAAUUAAUUUAGCAAUGUUGGAAAACUAACAGCAAAGGACAAACCUGCGUAGGUGCGUAUAUGUGUAACGUGAAAGGUAGCACGUGUUUGCAUAGUCAGUGUACUACUAGCUUCCUGUGAGUGUGCAAUAGAAUGUGUCAAAGCUCACACUGUUGCACAGCCUGGACUCCAGAUGUGCUCUUUGUUGUCACUUUGAUCUGUGAUGUUGACAUGCCAAUAACAUACCUUCCCCAUUCUAAAUGCCUUGACCAUGUGCCGAAGUGUACCUAGUUCUUUUCCUCGCUGCUGCAUUAAGCUCUUUUCUAUAGUUUCAUAUAUAGGUGAUAGCCACUUUCCUUUUAUUAGAUUGAGAUUAGAUAUUACUUAUGCUCAAGCCAUCUCAAACAAUCCAACCUUACAUAUCUUAUUAAGUCCUAGCAACCAGCUCUGAUCUCAGAUAAUAAGUUUCCCCACUGAAAUUAUGAAAAUGAUAACCAAGAUACAGUGACACUGCAGGUCGUCGAGUGUCACUGUAUCUUGGUUUCAACCUAAUGAGACUGAGAAUCAUGUUUCUUAAGUUUGAGUUUCUUGAGUACUAUCACAUGAUGCGAUGCUAGAGUUUACAGACUGUAUUUCAGUAGGACAGACUUCCCCUGUGCUCUUACUUAGGUCAUCGCCAAGCUAUCCACUGAAGAGUUUUCUUCAGUUGAGAUGUGGAUCAGGGCAAAAGAUUAACUUAAAAAUAUUUAACACCUCACAUCGAUGUUCCUAUUAGCCUCAAAUAUCGACUAAAGAAAACAAUACAAAAGUUUUAUCUUUGAAACCAUUUGGUGAUAAAUAAUCUCUCCCAGAUUGGAAUUGUGUGUUUAUGAUAGUGUGGAGCCAAGCCUCUAUUCCCUUGUGUUAUCUAUUGUGCAGAGGCCCAACUGAAUCUUUUCUGGGCUGUAACCAAAAUGUAAAAUACGAGCACUUGGGAGCAAUGACGGAAACUAGAUAAGUUAUAAAGCAUUCAACUAAUGCUAGUAUCAAACACCACAAAGUGUAGUAUCAGACUGAGUGCUACCUUCUCAGAGCAGAGUUAAUUUGAGCCUACGUAUUUAAGAGGGCACUGGCUGGGACAAAUAAGCAAUACGAUGCUUACUAAAGCUUACAUUAAAUAAUACUUAAGACAUCCUACUUAUUUAGAAUACUUGCUUCUCAAAUUGUUCAAACCUUGUUUGCCAUAUAGUUUAUAAGUCCAA